ACUCUGGCCUACAAUGGCGAACCCCAAAUAGGUUUUUCAACGGGGUCUUGAUUAUGUCGGUUAAAGGGGGACGAAAUAGGGUAAAAGAUGGCGGCGCCCAUGGCGCCCCACAUGAAACACUUGCUAGUCGCGAUUUUUUGGUGACAAGCUCAUUAUUUGAAAAUGGUAUCAGCCUUAGUUCUAGUCAAAUACACAUCGAAGCACCUGCCAGAUGUAUUCAAAAUGGCGGACAGAGAGAACAUAUUGAGUGCGCUGAAGGAGACCUACAGCUCUUGCCGGAUUGUGAGUCCAGCCUAGAUACGUUCGCCUAUGACAGAGCGAUUUCGGCAAAUAACGUGGGUUGGUUGAAAUCUAGAUGCAAAAGUGUAGACGCCGAGCAGUUUGAUUGUGACGCUAAAGAAAACGAACGGUGUGGCAGCGAUGGGGAAUUGUUCUCCGAGCACAUGCCUGGUGUGGAAGAGAGGGGUGGGGUAGGGUUGUGCUCCGACUCGACUACAAGUCAAGGGAAGCGAUUAAAUGAAACAGCUGGGACGAUCGUGGUUGAGCCAAUGGUGAAACUCGAUAACCCGGGUGUUGUUGCUAGUGAUGACUUUUCCAAUCAAGGAGUAACUGUUCACUUCGGUGAGUUUCCAAAUGGUGAUAGUGAUAAUAAGAACGGGAACCCGGAAGUAUUUCCCCUGCAGCUAAUGCAGUCCUUUACUGACAAAAGUGACUCAGUUUCACUAAUGACACCCCAGGAACUGGAAUCUCUACCAAACAGAGGACUAGAAUUUGAAGAUACAUAUUCCUCACAUAAUUAUAAUUCAGUAAAUUCUGCUGCCAAUAAUUCUGUUAAAACUGUCAACAAUAGUUAUACUUCAAGUCAGCAUUCAAGUACUAGUAAACAUGGACAACUUCCAAGAUCUCCUUCCAGAGAAGAAGCAGCAUCUUUAUCUUCAGAUGACAGGACUGAUGAUGAACAUUCGGAAGUAGAUGGUAAAAUAGGUGAACAAACGUUGAUAUUUAACACUGCCACUGACUCAACAGAGAGUGUUUUAGGUACAUCUGUCCAAUGCUCCUCGCCACCUUCAACAGCAUCCUCUGACGACAGCUCCGACAACUUGUCUCCACAGACAAGGGAAGCAGCUACUGACUCGCAGACAGAAUCAGCCAAUCUAACACUAGCUACAAUAUCUAUUUCGACAGAUAAGACAGCAAAUUCAACCCAAAUAUUGGUGAACACAAACCAAGGACAGCAGUUAUAUUUGAUAAACACAGCUGAUCUGACACAGGCUACAAAUGCCUUGCAACCUUUGGCACACCCAACAGUGUCAAAUAAGGCAUCUGUUACUGAGUUGUCAUCUUCAUCUACAACAUCAGCUUCGCUCAGUACAGAUGCAAGAACGUCUACAGAAACUGUGGACCAUAAUCCUGAAAUCCAGCCUUUGCAAAUCCAAAGCACAGGUUAUCUGAUUGUGCCAGUAGCCCAACAGGAAGGGAGCAAUGGUCUUAUGGUAACAUCACCCUUGACUGCUAUGCCAACAGAGUAUGCAUGCCAGUCAAGGAGAGUAUGGGUGUGUCCUGAAGCUGGCUGUGACAAAGUGUUCCGGAAGCUGUCUAAACUGAAGAUCCACCAGAUGCGUCACACUGGAGAGAGGCCUUUCAAGUGUUCUCGAUCUGGCUGUGAUUGGGCUUUCACUACAGCCUACAAACUGAAGAGGCAUGAAGAAUCUCAUGAGGGAAGGAAAGACUACAAUUGUGACUUUCAUGGUUGUGGUAGGAAGUUCACGACUGUAUACAACCUCAACUCCCACAGAAAGCUUCACGAGAGGCCAUGCACAGAAACAUGUCCGGAGCCAGGCUGUGGACAGUGUUUCCCCACAAAGCGCCAGCUAGAUCUACAUGUUCGAACACAUACAGGCAUGGAGAAGACAUACAAGUGUCCUGUAUCAGGAUGUGAUAAGGUAUUCUUUUCUCCCAACUGCAUGGGCUCACACACUCGAGUACACCUACAAGACAGGCAGGAUCUAACUUGUAGGUUUGAAGGCUGUGGCAAGGUCUUUGACAAACAAUGUCGUCUCAAGCAACAUGAGCGCCGCCAUACCGGAGAGAAACCUUAUGUCUGCCAUUUUCAGGGAUGUAACUGGGCAUUUACAACUGCCAGUAAACUGAAGAGACACAAAGCCAAGCAUACUGGAGUGCGGAAAUGGGUGUGCAGUGUGUGUAACAAGGGCUUCAUGCGAGCUGAACAUCUGAAGGGUCACCUUGUCACACACAGUGGAGUAAAGCCAUUUGUGUGCCCAGUGGAAGGUUGCAAGGCCAGAUUUACAGCAAAGAGCAGUUUGUAUGUCCAUCUCAAGAAACAUGAUGCCUCAGGGAAACAAAUUACAUACCACUGUCCUAUGGAGGGGUGUGUGAGGAACUACUCCUCCAAGGCUGGGCUGCGCAAUCACAUUCUCAAACACUGUCUAUCCACACCACAAGUGACCCGGCUACUGCCUUGGACUGGGUGCCACUGUUGGGAGGAGAUGAAGAGACAAUCUGGACAGCCUUGUUCAGUCCUCCCUGAGUCUACAUCACUGUCCUCCAAUACAUCCAACAGCACCACUGCCUCACUUUCAGCACUGUCAUCACCUCAGGAUAGAAGUCUUACAACAGAGUUUGUCAGUCCAGGUUUAUCUGAAGGGGACUGUCUCAGUGCAGAGCAGCUGAGCAGCAACAUUGUGUCCCAGCUCAUCGCCAACACCCCCCUGCAGCCUCCACAGCAGCCUGCACAGAUGGAUAGAGAGGCACCAUCCCCUCCAAAACCUUCACCCAAGAUUGCCAUAGCAACAGAUGCUGCUGGGGUGUCAACUGUAGCCUUGGAGAACAGCAGUGGUUCGGCUCGCACAGACUACCGCAGUAACCACAUGCUGAGUGAGCGAGCAAGGCGGCGAUGGCAUUCUGUGAAAAAUGGAGGCAGUCCAAAAUUGGAUGAGAGCAUUGUGUGUGACACAAUCUUCCCAGACAACACAGAGAAUACCAGUGUGGCUGAUCCGGUGUCUCCAUUGUUUUCGUCACCAGACAUCCUAAGCUCAUCCCAAGGAGUCAUGUUUAGGGACCCAGAGACAGGAAUCACUUACGUCCAGACACAGUUACUUCAGGAUGACCCCCCACAUCCGGCACUAUAUGAUGAUGAGAGCAGUAAUGCCUCCGUCACUGGAGCAGUCUCCUUUACAGGGACUACAAUCAACCUGCAGGACUUAAAGUAGCGCCGUCCAUACAAGGUCAAGAAGGACAGUGUGCAUCUACUGUCUAUACAGUAGGACUGAGUAGAGUUCUCAUAACAGUCUGUAUUGUUGGUCUGAAGGAGCAUUAUGUUUAAGUCCCCUGAACAAAGGAUGUGCUUCUGCAUGUGUACUGGAUGAACAGAGUCGAUUGGCAAUACAGUAGCUCAGAUGAAACAUUGUAUGUCUACUACUGUACAGUAUGCCUGACGCAACACUGCGUCUA